CCGUACGGGGAGCUCCACACUCUUCUUCUCCAACUGUAGAGGAAAGUAGAGGGGAACGAGAUGGUUCUACCAGUUCUUCAGCGAUAGAACAGUAUCGAAUCCUCCCAGUUCGAGGUUCAGGGUUAGGGUUUUGCUCGCUCCGAACCCUAACCUCAGGAAUUAGCUGUAAUUUUCUCUAUAAGAUAUUAUGAAUUGACGUUACACAAGGCUUAAAAACAACUCAGAGAAGUUUAACACUCUCCACUGAACAUUGAUCUACAAUGGCAUGGUUUAGAGCUGCCUCAGGGUUAACUAGAUUAGCCCUUAGACGAACCCUAGCUCGGACCCCUCCCAACAUCACCCAAACCCGUCACUUCCAUCCGACUGCCCUCCGCCGCCAUGCGGCCCCCGUCCCCCGCCCCGUCCCCCUCUCCCGCCUCACCGACAGCUUCCUCGAUGGCACGAGCAGUGUCUACUUGGAAGAACUGCAGCGUGCCUGGGAAGCAGACCCCAGUAGCGUGGACGAAUCGUGGGACAACUUCUUCAGAAACUUUGUCGGCCAAGCCCCUACUUCACCUGGAAUUUCUGGCCAAACUAUUCAAGAGAGCAUGCGAUUACUUCUUCUAGUUAGGUCAUACCAAGUCAAUGGCCACAUGAAGGCUAAGCUUGAUCCAUUAGGGCUAGAACAGAGAGAAAUCCCCGAGGAAUUGGACCCGGCGCUGUAUGGGUUUACUGAAGCAGAUUUGGACAGGGAGUUCUUUAUAGGAGUGUGGAGGAUGUCUGGGUUUUUGUCUGAGAACCGGCCAGUCCAAACUCUGAGGUCGAUUUUGAACCGGCUUGAGCAGGCCUAUUGUGGUACAAUCGGGUAUGAGUACAUGCAUAUCCCGGAUCGAGAGAAGUGUAAUUGGCUUAGAGAAAAGAUUGAGACAGUGAAGCCAAUGGAGUACGAUCAUGAGCGCCGAACAGUCAUGCUCGAUAGGCUUAUUUGGAGCACACAGUUUGAGAACUUCCUGGCUACUAAGUGGACUACCGCGAAAAGAUUUGGUCUUGAAGGUGCGGAAACACUAAUUCCCGGCAUGAAGGAGAUGUUCGAUCGGGCAGCUGAUAUGGGGGUAGAAAGCAUCGUGAUUGGAAUGCCUCAUAGAGGUAGAUUGAAUGUUUUGGGUAAUGUUGUUAGGAAGCCGCUUCGCCAAAUUUUUAGCGAAUUUAGCGGUGGCACGAAGCCGGUGAAUGAAGGUGAGGGGUUGUACACAGGAACCGGUGAUGUGAAAUACCACCUUGGGACUUCAUAUGAUAGGCCCACUAGAGGCGGGAAAAGGAUCCACCUUUCUUUAGUGGCAAACCCAAGCCACUUGGAGGCAGUGGACCCAGUUGUGGUUGGAAAAACUAGGGCGAAACAAUACUAUACUAGUGAUGCUGAUCGAACCAAAGUCACGGGAGUGCUGAUUCAUGGAGAUGGAAGCUUUGCUGGUCAAGGUGUAGUGUACGAGACUUUGCAUCUAAGCGCACUUCCGAACUACACUACAGGGGGGACAAUUCACAUUGUAGUGAAUAAUCAAGUUGCAUUCACAACUGAUCCGAAAGCCGGGAGGUCAUCACAGUAUUGUACUGAUGUGGCUAAGGCAUUGAAUGCACCAAUUUUCCAUGUUAAUGGUGAUGACUUAGAAGCUGUGGUGCAUGUGUGUGAGCUGGCAGCGGAGUGGCGGCAGACUUUCCAUUCUGAUGUGGUGGUCGACAUUGUUUGUUAUCGUCGCUUUGGGCACAAUGAGAUUGAUGAGCCAUCUUUCACGCAGCCCAAGAUGUACCAGGUUAUUCGUAAUCAUCCUAGUGCUCUAGAGAUAUAUCAAAAUAAACUUCUGGAAUCAGGACAGAUCUCUAAAGAAGUGAUUGACAAAAUACACAAAAAAGUCCUCUCCAUUUUGAAUGAAGAAUUCAUUAAUAGCAAGGAUUACAUACCGAGGAGGAGGGAUUGGCUUGCAGCUUACUGGGCCGGUUUUAAAACGCCUGAACAGAUUUCACGUAUCAGAAAUACUGGUGUCAAACCUGAGAUACUAAAACGAGUUGGACAAGCAAUUACGGCUCUGCCCGAAAAUUUCAAGCCUCACCGAGCUGUGAAGAAGAUAUACGAGCAACGGGCUCAGAUGGUUGAGACUGGCGAAGGCAUCGACUGGGCUUUUGGAGAAGCACUUGCUUUUGCCACUCUUAUUGUAGAAGGUAACCAUGUGAGAUUAAGUGGGCAAGAUGUUGAAAGGGGUACGUUUAGUCACCGCCAUUCUGUAAUUCACGAUCAGGAGACUGGAGAGAAGUAUUGCCCUCUUGACCAUAUUAUUAUGAACCAAGAUGAGGAGAUGUUUACUGUGAGUAAUAGCUCCUUAUCAGAGUUUGCUGUUCUUGGAUUCGAGUUAGGCUAUUCAAUGGAGAACCCCAAUUCAUUAGUACUGUGGGAAGCUCAAUUUGGCGAUUUUGCGAAUGGGGCCCAGGUCAUUUUUGAUCAGUUCCUGAGUAGUGGAGAGUCAAAAUGGCUUCGGCAAACCGGGCUUGUUUGUUUGCUGCCUCACGGCUAUGAUGGUCAGGGACCAGAACAUUCUAGUGCUCGGUUGGAACGAUUCCUUCAGAUGAGUGAUGACAACCCUUAUGUUAUACCCGAGAUGGAUCCAACGCUCAGGAAACAAAUCCAAGAAUGCAACUGGCAAGUUGUGAAUGUCACAACGCCUGCAAAUUAUUUCCAUGUGCUUCGACGACAGAUACACCGAGACUUCCGGAAACCCCUGAUUGUGAUGUCUCCAAAGAACCUUCUUCGGCAUAAGGACUGCAAAUCUCAUCUAUCAGAAUUUGAUGAUCUUGUGGGCCACCCCGGAUUUGAUAAGCAAGGGACCCGCUUCAAACGCCUCAUAAAAGACCAAAAUGACCAUAAAGAUCUUGAGGAGGGUAUUAAUCGUCUCAUCCUUUGUUCUGGAAAGCUGUAUUAUGAGUUGGAUGAAGAAAGGAAGAAGAAAGAUCGCAAGGAUGUUGCUAUUUGCAGAGUUGAGCAGCUUUGCCCUGUCCCCUAUGACCUCAUUCAGCGCGAGUUGAAACGCUAUCCAAAUGCGGAGAUAGUUUGGUGCCAAGAAGAGCCGAUGAACAUGGGAGCAUACAACUACAUCACGCCUCGCCUACUUACCGCAAUGAAGGCUCUCAAUCGAGGCUCUAUAGAAGACAUCAAAUAUGUGGGGAGGGCACCGUCCGCCGCAACAGCAACGGGAUUCUACUCCGUUCACGUACAAGAGCAGACCGAGAUUGUCCAGAAGGCGAUGCAGCCCGAGCCAAUUAGAUACCCAUACUAAAACUCUUUAAACUUCUUAAACUUAUAGAAAUACUUGUUUUUCGAGUGCUCAAAAUUCAUGCGCCUUAUUUGGGCUGUGGUAUAGCACCACUCGGCCCAUAUGCAUCAGUAGCUAAAUAAAAUCUCCGGAUGAAUUUGAUGCAAUCAUUUUUAGCUGUUGGCUUCUUGUGAUUGAAGCGUUAUUGUUGAUUUUCAUUUAUUAAUCUUGUGAAUCUUAUUAUUGCAGCAUAUAUACGGGUGAAGUAAAUCAUCUGCAAGAAAAGAUUGUUUCUCUUUUCUGAAAA